AUGAAUUGCCCAGAUAAAGUUGAAAAACUUAAGAAACUUAUAGUAAAAACAACAGAAUAUAAAGGAAUAGUAAUAAAGAUAUUAGAAGAAAAACCAAAAGAAGCUAUUAAAGAAAAAGAAAUUCCAAAACAAAUUAAAAUCAAAACAGAAGUAUCACCAAUACUUAAACAAAGCCUAAAACUAACAGUACCCCAAGCAGCAGAACUAUACGUAUAUUUAGAACUCAAAAAAAAAUUUAAUCAAGGAACCUUACCUAUAAAUAAGUUACCAUACUUAACAACCAAAGCAAAACAAUAUAACGAACCAAAAGAAGUUUUCCAACAAUACUUUAACAAAUAUCCAAAUCCACCGUCAGACGAACAUAAGAUAAAAUUACAAAAAAAACUUAAAGAAUUUGAUCAAAAAAUCGAAGAGUUCAUAGAAGGAAACUUGAUAACUAAAAGAAUUCCUAUACAAGAAGAAAAUCAAGUCUAUAAUUACAAGAAAAAAGAAUAUAGAAAACAAAUUUCUAAUUACAUUGAAGAAGAAGAAGUAGACCCAGAAAACUUAACUGACGAAGAAAUAACAACAUAUUUAGUAUAUUCGUUAGUAAUAGCAGAUAGAUCAAGAGUCAAAACAAGCUUAGAAACUAUUUCAAGAAAAUCAUUCAACGUAAAAAAUUGGCUAAAACAUACUCAGUUAGAAUUCGAACCACCAAAAAACUUAGAAAGGCUAACAUCCUUAAUAUCAGAAUUUGAUGGAUCAAUUGAAAAAUACAGAGAUUGGAGAAACCAAUUAGAAAAUGCAUUCAAAGCAAUAAAAUUAGGAGAUUUAAUUAUAUUUGGAAGAUACUCCGGAACACCUAAAAAAGGAUAUACAUUAAGAGAAAGAAAUUAUGAUUCAACAGGAAAUAAUGCAAGUGAAUGCAGAUGGAGUACAGAAAUAAUACAAACAGUAUUCGCAAUAAUAAGAACAAAAUUGAGAAAAGACGCAUUGGAAGUAUUUGAUACAGAAAUAACAACUAUAAAUUGUUAUUUUAGAUCCAACUUAAAUAAUGCAAAUGAUCUAAAAGAUGCAACAAAUUAUCCGAUAAAAGGGAUAAAUUACUUACAAGUAGCAGGAAACUGGCAUGCUUCAGCAACAGCAGAAGGAACAAGGGUAAACCCAAAUGUUACAGACGCAACAGAACAAAAAGGAUUUAGAGACGUAUUUGAUGAAAAUUUCACAAGAGACUCAGUACAAUCAUUAAACCAAAAAGAAUUUCUUAAAUUCAACUUUUAUAAAAACCUAGAUUGGAGCGACGACUCAGGAUUCAGAAAACAAAUGAAUCAAUAUAAAAAACUCAAACAAUUGUCAAAUUGGCAAUGGGCCCCAAACUUCUUUGGAGGAAACUAUAUGUAUUUAGUAGAAAGAUUACCCAAAAACAUAGCUCAACAAAUUACAUUAACAAAUCUAGUACCGAACAACGAAGAAGAUUUCUUCAGAAGAGCUGACACUCUAUUCAGAUCAAUAAGAGUAACGAUGGAUAUGGAAAAAUCCAAAAAUGAAAAAACAAAUCAUUAUUCCCAAAAAACAAGAAUAAAUAAUGUGCAAACAACGGAACAACCUCAAAAAGGAAAAUGCUACUCAUGUGGACAAAUAGAACACUUUGCAAAAGAAUGCCCAAGACGAAAAGGAAAAGAAGCAUAUAAUAGAGUACAAUCAACAUACAAAAAUUACAAUGGAAAACAAAGGAAAACCUUUGUAAGAAAAUACUGUUCAUAUUGUGGAAAAGAUAAUGGAUAUCACACCAAAACAUGUCCAAACAAUAAUGCCAAUUAUUAUGAAGGAAAAAGAACAAGAGGACCAACACCUAUGGUUCAUAAAUACAAUAACUUUAAAAAUAAUAGAGGAAAAGGAAGACCUCGAGUCAACAAUUACAAAGAAGAAAAACAAUCAGAAAAAGCAUACAAUUCUGAAAGAAAAGAGAAAAAUGACUACAAAUCUAAAGAAAAAAACUCAUACAAAAAUGAUAAAAGAAAAGUAAACCAUUAUAAUGAAGAAAAUGAAGAGAACCCGGAUCGCACCUUGAACCUUACGAUAAAAAAGGAGAGAUCUCAUGGUCAGCACACUAAUACUGAUGAAAUCACCCAACUUGAUACCACAAAUCAGCCGAAAAUACAUCUAAUAAAGAGUAAAUCACGUGCAGCUAGUUACCUUGCUCGAAAAACUAGUGACCCAGGCAAAAGCGAGAAAAACCUGCCGUUGGCGCCCAACGUGGAAAGUAAAAAUCUAUCCCCAAAAAUCAAAACAAGUCGAACCCCUAACAACCAAUUACACGUCAAUAACAAUAUGAUAUUGGAGAAAAACAACACCUCAAAGAAGAAGAAAGCAAAACCGCCCUUAGAAAGAAAACCUAAACAAGAGUUUUCUAAAGAAAACAUGAAACAAAAUGAAGAAGUAGAAGAAACCUUAGAUAAGCAAAAGCUAAAUAGAUUAGAUAAAGCUAUAGUCGAUGGAGAAAUAGCUAAGGAUACAGAAAUUGAACAAACAAUUCAAGACCUUAAUUGGAGAUUAGAACAAAUAAAUAAAACUUACAGUUAUACCCAAGGUUUAACUGAAGAGGAGAUAGAAGAAUAUCUGGAAUCAAUACAAAAAGUAACAAAAAUUAAAGAUUUCGACAAACCAGCAAAAACGAGAAGAGAAUACUUAUAUGAAGUAUUAUCAACGCUAAACGAAACAAAUGAUGCAACGAUAUGGAAACAUCGAGAAGAUAUAAAAGAACUUCAAAAAGAAUAUAAUAGAGAUAUUCAUAGAAUAUUAGGAAUAACCGCUGAAGAAUUCAAUGAUAUGGGACUCAUUGAACAACAAGUAGCAGUAAGUGCGUUGAUAACAGCACAAGCACACUGUAAAGAUGAACCUACAAAACAAGCAUUAUUUGAGAAACACAAAGAAUUCUUAGAAUCACAAUUAGAAAAAAAAAAAGAAAAACCACAAAUAUUACUGCCCGAUCCAGAAGGAAGAAGUACUUACAAACUAUAUGAACAAUAUAAUGUACCAAGAGACAAACAAUUUGUUAAAGAAAAUGAACGAAUUGGAAUAAGAAUACCAUAUUCAUCUACAGAUGAUGUAUUCUUAGAUGAAAGACUAUCACAAACCUCUAAAAGAAAUGAAAAUAUUCCGCAAGAGCAUUACCAAAAACCAACAACACCUUCACUAUUAAGUCAACAUACCUUAAGUAGAACACCUACUAUUGAAAAUAACAAUAUAAGUAGAGCACUUACACCUACUACUGAAAAUAAUAAUACAUUUAAUCGAAAAAGAGAUGAAAGAGGGUAUACACUAUCACCAGAUCCUUAUGAAAGAAAACAAACAAGAUAUAAAAGCCCAAGUCUUAGCUCAAAACAUACAGACCAAAUUUUUAAUGAAGAAAUAGAAGAAAGAACAGAAGAAAUAGAAAUACCAUAUUAUGAUAACGUACAUAAUGAAGGACAAUCCUCGACCUAUAUACCGGUACAAAAUACCUUUAAAGGACAAACAUAUACUAUGUGUGGAAAUAAAGUAUGGAAAAUAUUAGGAGACGUAUUAACUGAAUAUGUAGAUGAAUUUAGAGAAAAACAAGAAAUGAGAACUUCCGUAAAUAAUAACGUAAUUCCUGAUAUUCAAUUUAUAUUGAAUAAAAAAGAUCACGAAAUUCCUGAUAAUGAAGAAAAAAUUAUUAAAGAAUUAUGUGAAGAUUUAGAAAAGAAUGAUGUUAUAUAUCCUGGAUAUAGCGAAUGGGCAAGUAAUGUACAAAUAAUAACCAAAAAAGAUGGAAGAAAAGCAAUAGUAAUAGACUAUAGAAGACUAAAUAAACAUUUAGUAAAAUUCAAACAACCAUUACCAAAUACAAUGCAAUUCCUACAAGAUAUUAGUAGAUAUAAAUAUUAUACAACAAUGGAUUUAAAAUCAGCAUAUUGGCAACUAAACGUACACCCAAAAUCACAAAAAUAUACAGCAA